AUGGCGAUGAUGAUGAUGAAGACGAUGACGAUGCAGAGAAGAGCUUCUUCUGCGGCGAUUGUUUCCAUUGCUCGGUCUCACGGAGCAGCGGCUUCAUUAGGUACUCCUGCUCCUGCAGGUUGUACUACUCUUGCAUCAUUCCUCUCUGCAUUCCCAAACCAUAAACCCCAUUUGGCUUUUUAUUCUGCUAUUAGUAGUAAAUUUAAGAGUUCUUCUGAAAAAGCUCUGAAAUUUCAACCUGAAUUAAGGAAUGAUAUUAAUAAUGUCAACAGCCUUGAUGAUGCUUUGAGCUUGUUCGAGCGGAUGGUCCGGAUGAGGCCUCUGCCUUCUGUUAUUCAAUUCAAUCAAAUGCUGACUUGUAUUGUUAAGAUGAAGAAUCAUUAUUCUUCAGUUAUUUCCCUUUUUAGAGAUAUGUGUGUCCGGGGCAUUCCUGUUGAUGAGGCCACCCUUAAUAUAAUGAUUAAUUGUUGCUGCGUUGUGGGCCGAGUGGAUUUAGCUUUUUCUACAUUGUCUGGCUUCUUCAAACGUGGUUUUGUUCCUAAUGUGGUCACCUUUGGCACUUUACUUAAGGGACUCUUUCGAGAACACAAGGUUCCUGAGGCGCAAGAAUUGUUCAAAAAGAUAAUCAAGGAAAAACUUUGUAAACCCAAUGAAACUAUGUUGGGCAUUGUGAUAGAUGGGCUCUGUAAGGCAGGAAACACUCAAACAGCGAUUAAAUUCCUCAGAGCAAUGGAAAAACGAGGAAGCCCUUGUAAGCCUACUGCAAUUAUUUACAAUACUGUCAUUGACAGCUUGUGCAAGGAUAAAAUGGUUGAUGAAGCUCUUGCCCUCUUACAGGAGAUGAUUGAAAAGGACAUUCCCCGAAUAUGGAAGGAUGUUGACAAGCUCUUUGCUGAGAUGAAGGUUCAUAAUAUUGUUCCAGAUGUUUUUACUUUCAAUAUAGUGGUGGAUGCACUGUGUAAGGAAGGGCAUAUAGAAGAUGCUGAAGAGGUAGUGCACAUCAUGGUUCAGCAAGGUCAAAAUCCCGACCUGGUCACAUACAGUUCCUUAAUGGAUGGGUACUGUUUACAGAGGCGAAUAGAUGACGCAAGUAGAGUUUUCAAUACCAUGGUUGCUAGCGGCCUUACACCCAAUCUCCAUUGCUAUGGUACUCUGAUAAAUGCCUAUUUCAAGGCCAAUAAAGUGGAAGCAGCCAUGAAUCUCUUUCGAGAGAUUCAGCAUAAAGGUUUAACACCUGAUAUUGCUGUUUAUACCACUGUCUUACAAGGGUUAUUUAGUUCAGGAAGGUAUCUUGGUGCACUAGAAAUUUUCAAUGAGAUGCAAGCUUCUGGCAUGAAGCCUAAUUUUCACACUUACUGCGUGAUGUUGGAUGGGUUAUGCAAGACUGGACAUAUCGAUGAAUCAUUGCAGUUAUUCCAUGCAAUGGAAACUGAUGGAACAAAUCUACACAUAGAAAUGUACAAUAUCAUCCUUGAUGGGUUGUGCAAAAGCAAGAGGCUCGAUAGUGCUCGAGAUCUUUUCAACAAUCUCUCCCUUAAAGGAUUGGACCCUAAUGUCAUAACAUACAACACCAUGAUUGCUGGCCUGCUUUCAGAAGGUCUGCUCAUCGAGGGUAAAGAGCUCAUUGAAAAAAUGGAAGAGAAGGGUUGCUUGGCAAAUAGUGUUACAUACAAUGUCAUUCUGCAAGGACUCCUUAAGGGAGGUCAUUAUGAUGAUGCGAUGGUCUAUCAUGAAGAAAUGGUCCAUAGAGGAUUCUUGCUGGAUGCAUCUACGUUUUCCAUUUUACUUGAUUUAUCUGCUGCGAAUCAGAACAAUCCUUCUGUGCUAUUGUUGAUGCUGAAGAUUGAUCCCGAUAGCAAGAAGUUCAUGGAUGGGGGACAAAGAGGACCUUCACAUUAGUUGUAACAUGUUGGUCGUGCAGUUUUUUGGCCCCUGAUGUUUAAUUUGCUGGUAGAAAUGUUAAUAAGGUUCACAUUUGAUCCUUUUAUCACUUAUCAUCUUUGUUUAGAGGAGGCCUCUUGGUGAUAUUUUGUGAAAUACCUCAGAGAGCAUCGGUCUGGUGGUGAAGCUGCAUUCCUUAGGGAAGUUCAAUUGUUAGGUGUAUCAGUUCACAGACAGUUGGUGCAGUUAAUUGGAUUUGCACGACUUCUUCUCAAGACUUCUUCUUUAUCUUUUCAUGGAGAACUUCAAUGUGGCAUGUCACUUAAGUGGUGGAGCAGGAGAGGGGUGGAAUCUGAAUUGCAGUGUGAUGAUUUGAUGUCAGCUCAAACUGGAUAGAGACAAUUAAUCAGGUACUAUUAGUCACUGAGGUGGAAAUGAGAGAUAUAUGUUGCCUUUGCUAGCUAUUAUUGGGCAUAAUUUGCGGUGAUAACAAUGACCUUUCAGUGAUUGUAAAAUAUCUAUUUGUGCCCAUGAUAGACCACAGACCGGGAGAGAAAGGCCUUGAUUGACUUAGUAGAAAUGAAUUUACUUUCAUACAGCACAUGUCCUGGAGUACUUGCAUGAGCAUUGCAAUACAAAAUUGUACACCAAGAUUUGAAGGCUGGCAACAUCCAUCUGGAUGAUGACUUUGAAGCUUUCUUCAGUGGGUACAAAACUAACACAUUAGGACUCAAGUCUGGGGAACUACGGGACACGUUGCCCCUGAAUAACUGGAAAGCCUUUGGAGAAGACGGAUGUAUUCGGAUAUGGUAUGACCCUUGUAGAACUUGUAACCAGUCAGUGUGCAAUGGAUUUCUGGUUGAAGAGGAGGAUGUAAUAUUGCUAGAUAAGGUGAGUUAUUCCAUUCUUUCUUGAAAUUCAGACAGACUCGUACUGCAAAUGGCUAUAACUCAGGGUUUUAUAUUACUGAUAUAGUCUUCUAUGCAUUAAUGAAAUGGGUAAAUGCCUUGAUUAGUGGUGAUGGAAUAUUUUGACUAGCGUAAUUCAUCUAUUUAUAUAGCUUAUUUGUCAAGGUUUUACACUAUAUUUCUUGUGUCGAAGUGUUAUCAAUACUCGUGUAAUAGCAAACUAAUCUUUGUCUUUGGCAGACUUCGUUUCCUUCUUAAUUGGUUGGUAGGUCUUGUUUCUGGAGUUACCUGUCUCUAGUUUCAAUCCUGAAUAGAAGUUUCUCGUAGUGUUUGGGUCUUUAUCUUGCACCCAAACACUUGCCGACUUACUGCUUAUAUCUACUGUGGCUGCUAUGAUUUGUACAAAAAGAGA